AAGGAGAGAAACUUCUAGCGACGUUUGAAAAUGGUGGAGUGUUUGAAAUAUUCGUACAAUUAAUCGCAUCUCAUGCAUAGAAAUAUUUCAGAAUAUGGAUGAAUUUCGUCGCACGUACAUACAACUGUGUAAAGACUACCACAUUGAGCCACAGGAUACAGUUAUAGACCAGUUAAAAGGUUCGCAACAAAGUCCAAGAAGUGGGCGGGGCUGCCUUAACCUAUCAGCUACAAGUCUGACUGUGAAGACGUGUGCAGUUAUUGGGAAGAUACUGGCCACAGAUCGCUGCUUCAAUGAAAUCAGAUUGUGUGAUUGUAUGAUAGGAGAAGAAGGUGUGAAGGCACUGGCACAUGGCUUAAUUACAAACACAACUUGCAAAAAGUUAGAUUUAAAGGGUAAUAACAUCAGGGGCAAGGCCGUAGAGUCACUUGGGCGUAUGCUGAAGCAGAAUAAGACUCUAUUGAGUGUAUGUUUAGAGUGGAAUGGAUUGGGAAUGUUGGACAACUCAUUUGCAAUAUUCUGUGAUGGACUUGGCUCUAAUACGACCCUUAAUGUACUGGACUUACGCAAUAACCAGAUUAACCAUGAAGGUGCUACUGAGCUUGCUACUGCCUUGAAACGCAACCCAAUUCUACGUUCUUUAGAUGUGCGUUGGAAUAAUGUUGGUAUAGUUGGAGGGCGUGCCCUGCUGAAGUCUCUGCAACAGAACAAGACCAUAGCGAGACUAGAGCUUGCAGGCAACAACAUUCCAACAGAUAUUAUCAGAGCAAUAGACACUGCUAUAGGGCACAAUGCUGACCGACAGACUUUGUCCAAUGACUAUCUUGAGAGAACCCAGAUGUUAUCUUCAGAACUGGGGCAGCUGAAGAGGGACAAACAAAUGCAGGUAGCAGAUCUGAUGGACAAGCUAGACAACCAAGAUGAUGUCCUUAGGAAGACAGCAAGAUCGGCAUCUCACAGAGUUGGCCAACUACAGGAGACACUGGAAGAAAGAAAAGUAGCUUUCAAUGCUCUUGCAGCAAAGUUGUCAAUGACAGAAUCAGAGCUGGCCAUGGCAGAGACCAAAGUAACAGACUUGGGAGCAAUGUUAAUGAAGUCACGACAAGAGAACGCAGAGCUCAACACCUCAUUACAUCAACAAGUAGCACAUGAGAAAGAGGAAAGGGCCACAUUGGAGGGUAGACUAUUGAAAGAGAUAUCUGAAUCACAUGACAGAAACAUCUCUUUGGAAGCUAAGGUUGAGGACUUCGACAGAAAGUGUCGGCAACAGCAACAACAGAUAUAUGAACUUAAGGAACAACUAACCCACCAACAAGCUGAUUCUACCCUCAACAUAGCACAGAUAGAAGAGAGGCUACAGAAGGAGAAACAGAAACACAAGGAGGCAACAAGAGACUUUGAGACAAUUAAACAGAAGGAGAUCAGUAGGGUGCGACAGGAGACAGAGAGUAUAGAGCGCAGUCUAAAGGAGCGUAUACAACGUUUAGAGACGCAGCGUAUAGAGGCAGAUGAGGAACUUAGUCGCAUGAGGCAAGCUGCUAUGCAAGACAGAUUACAGGCUGAAGAGAAUCUCAUUCAAGCGAAACAUAGGAUCAAAACAGAAGAGGAACACAAAUGUAGGCAGUAUGAAGACAAACUGAGGGCUACACAGGUGUCUAAGGAAGACCUGAGCAAACAUAGUGACCACCAGGCCACACUCAUAACAGACCUACAAUCAAAGACUACAACACAGAUCCUGGAGAUUGAAAACCUCAAACGCAAGAUUGAUACUUUAAAUCAGCAAGUGUCAGGUAAAGACAAUGAGAUCCAAGAAGUGGUGGGCAAAGUGAGGCUGGAGGUGGACCAGGAGAGAAAGAAGGUGGAGAGUGAGAGACAGCAGCAGGAAGAGUUGAAGGAGAGAGUCAUCAAGCUGCGCAGGGAAAUAACAGAUUUGGAAAGCAGACAUGAAGCAGAUAUACAAGACAAAGAAAAAGAGACUCAAAUAUUACGUGAUAAGUUACGUCAACGUGAUAAUGAACUGAUGCACAUACGUGAAGAUGAGGCACGUAGGGCAUCCAUGUUGCAAUCUGCUGUCAUGGCGUAUGUCAGUGGAUCACCUGUUGCAACUCCUCGAUAAUAGAUGACUUGAUAUAUAAAUGGAAGUUGUUUUGUUUGGCCAAGAAUACCAUUAUUUAAUAUGUAAUAGACUCACAGGACUCACAGUUACUUCACUUCUAAAUUCAUCAAUUUUCCAAUUGGAAAUGUAAAACAAUGCAACAAGAUGAGCUUGUUGACACGCUUGUUGUGAUUUAACCCUACAAUUGUGAUCCUUGAAAGAGGAGAUCAAGAUUUUUUAAACAUUGUUUUAAUUGGGAUUUAGCAUGACUUUUUUCAGAAAACUUAAUUCUUUUGAAAAUAAUGGUUUUAUGUUCAAAUCUUAGCUCCUCUAGAAUCUCAUUGAAAAAAAUGAUGUCGUUAAGAAUUCAAACCUACACACCAAAAAACAUGGCAGGUCCAUAAGAGUUAAUCCCACAAAUUUGCUUUCUUAAACCAGUUGAUCUCUGCCACUGGGACCAGGACACUAGUUUUAAAUAUGAUAGAACUUAAUGUACUGUAUGAAUAAUAUAAUCUGAAAAUGUAGUGAUAAUUACACACUUACUGUAGGUAUGGUGCUUUUUAUUAUAUUUAUUAAUUCCAACUUGUUCUUGAAGCAGACUCACACUUAUAUUAUAUUAUUACUUAUAUUAGGUCAAAUGAUUUUAAAAUAUAGAAAGCCUACAGGAGUUUAAGAUUAAAAUAUUAGAAUAUUUAAUAAAUUAAAUGAAAAUAA